AUGUCGUCUUGUUUUUCGCUCAAGGUAAAAGAAGACAACCAGGAAACAGCAAGCAUGGAAAGACAGUUGACUGAGAUGCGUGAGAAGAUGAGCCUGAUCAACGAGGAGAUCCGACUGCUUGACAAUAACAUGGAGGAACACCAAGGUGAACGAAACCAGAAGUACAAAGAACUAAAGAAGAGAGAUGAGAAUAUGGACAGUUUUCUGGAUUCAUUUGAUGAGACUAAAGCUACAGAGGUGGAGCAGAACCGUCAGGCACAGGCCAUCAUCGUCGUUCUACUGGAACACUCCAGCAGAGUGAGUGAGAGAGUGAGAGAGAGAGAGUAUUCGUCGGUGACAGCCACUGAGCUCAAGUCCAUGCAGGAAGACCUGAGCUUCAAGGAGACUGAGAUGCACAAGUCCCAAAACACAGCCAAGGGCUUGUCUUCAGAGAACCACCGCCUGACCCUUGACCUGCAGAAGGUAGAGCAGCUGGAGAGUAAGAUCAACACGGAGCUGACCAGCCUGAAGGACAAGAUAGAGACCAUGACUCAGGAGCUGGAGACGUACAGCAACCUGGACAAUCUGAAGGCUGCUGGAGACGACAAGAAGAAGAGGCUGCAGGAGGACAGAGUAUCCCUGGCCCAGAGGAGAGACGGCUUUCACAAGGUCAUGCAGAAGAUGAAUGAGGUGUAUGAAGCUCUGAAAACACAGCUACAGGAGAAUGAGACACAUGCUCAGCUGACCAAUCUGGAGAGGAAGUGGCAACAUCACGAGCAGAACAACUUCGUCAUGAAAGAGUUCAUCGCCUCUAAGGGUAUGGAGAGUGACUACCGUCCGGUGGUGAAGAGCGUCUCCAGGCAGCUGGCGGAGUACAACAAGAUCCUCGUACCUGGCCUGACAGACCUGACCCUGACAGACCUGGGCCCUGACAGACCUGGACCACACUGGGCCACACCUGCGACAGCCUGGACCCUGGACCUGACCCAAGACCUGGAACCCCUGACAGCCUGCGACGACCUGGGGACAACCUGA